GGGGGCGGGGCCCGCGGCCGGGGCUGGGCGACAGCAGUCCCGUAGCCCAGCGGUCCGCGGCCGGCGGCGGGAGAUCGCGGGCGAGGGGAGCGCGACACUCGCUGCUUGGGGAGAUCGGCGCUCGGCCGGGUGAGCGUGAGCCUGGGAGAUGGCAGUGAUGGAAAUGGCCUGCCCGGGUGCCCCUGGUUCGGCAGCCGGGCAGCAGAAAGAGCUCGCCAAAGCCAAGGAGAAGACACAGGCAAUGGGGAAGAAGCCAAGCCCCGUCAACAAGCUCGAGGCUGUGGAGAAGAGCCCUGUGUUCUGCGGGAAGUGGGACAUCCUGAACGACGUGAUCACCAAAGGCACAGCCAAGGAAGGCUCCGAGGGAGGACUGGCCGCCAUCUCCAUCAUCGCCCAGGCGGAAUGUGAGAACAGCCAAGAGUUCAGCCCCACCUUUUCAGAACGGAUCUUCAUCGCAGGGUCCAAGCAGUACAGCCAGUCCGAGAGUCUUGAUCAGAUCCCCAACAAUGUGGCCCAUGCAACCGAGGGCAAGAUGGCACGUGUGUGUUGGAAGGGGAAGCGCCGCAGCAAAGCCCAGAAGAAACGCAAGAAGAAGAGCUCGAAGUCCCUGGCUCAAGCAGGAGUGGCCUUGGCCAAACCCCUACCCAGAACCCCAGAGCAGGAGAGCUGCACAGUACCUGUGCAGGAAGAUGAAUCUCCACUGGGCCCCUCGUAUGUGAGAAACGCCCUCCAGUUCACCAAGCCUCUGAAGGAGCCAGGCCUUGGCCAACUGUGUUUUAAGAAACUCGAGGAGGACCUACGGCCAGCACUGCCUCGAUCGGAACUCCAUAAACUGAUCAGCCCCUUGCAAUGCCUAAAUCAUGUGUGGAAACUUCACCACCCCCAGGAUCUCGGCCCCCUGCCCCAGCCCGCCCACCCCUUCCCCUACAGCAGACUGCCCCAUCCCUUCCCAUUCCACCCUCUCCAGCCCUGGAAACCUCACCCCUUAGAGUCCUUCUUCCUAAACAAACUGACCUGUAUAGAUAGUCAGCAGCCCCUGUCUGGCCCUCACCUGGGCAAACUGGCCUGUGUAGACAGUCAGAAGCCUGUGCCUGGCCCAUGCCUGGAGCCCAGGUGCCCGUCCCGUGGCACACGUGAAAAGUUUUCUGUGGAAGAGUACCUGGUGCACGCUCUGCAAGGCAGUGUGAGCUCGGGCCAGGCCCACAGCCUGGCCAGCCUGGCCAAGACCUGGUCGGCAGGAGGUUCCAACCCCCAGAAGCCCAGCCCUGAAACAGAGGACAGCGAGGGUGUCCUGCUUACUGAGAAACUCAAGCCGGUGGAUUAUGAGUACCGAGAGGAGGUCCACUGGGCCACGCGCCAGCCCUGCCUGGGCAGAGGCUCCUUUGGAGAGGUGCACAGGAUGGAGGACAAGCAGACUGGCUUCCAAUGUGCUGUCAAAAAGGUGCGCAUCGAAGUGUUCCGGGCAGAGGAGUUGAUGGCGUGUGCGGGAUUGACCUCACCCAGAAUCGUCCCUUUGUAUGGAGCUGUGAAGGAAGGUCCUUGGGUCAACAUCUUCAUGGAACUGCUGGAAGGUGGCUCGUUGGGUCAGCUCAUAAAGCAGAAGGGCUGUCUGCCAGAGGACCGGGCCCUUUACUACCUAGGCCAGGCUCUAGAAGGGCUGGAAUACCUCCACUCUCAAAGGAUUCUGCACGGAGAUAUCAAAGCUGACAACGUGCUCCUGUCCAGCGAUGGGAGCCGCGCGGCCCUCUGUGACUUCGGCCAUGCCGUGUGCCUUCAACCCAACGGGCUGGGGAAGUCCGUGGUCACGGGAGACUACAUCCCUGGCACGGAGACCCACAUGGCCCCAGAGGUGGUGAUGGGCAAGCCCUGUGAUGCUAAGGUGGAUGUCUGGAGCAGCUGUUGCAUGAUGCUUCACAUGCUCAACGGCUGCCACCCUUGGACCCAGUACUUUAGAGGGCCACUCUGCCUCAAGAUCGCCAGCGAGCCUCCACCUGUGAGGGAGAUCCCACCCUCCUGCGCCCCUCUCACCGCCCAGGCCAUCCAGGAGGGGCUGAGGAAAGAGCCUGGCCGCCGUGCAUCUGCAGUGGAGCUGGGGGGAAAAGUCAGCCUGGCGCUGCAGCAUGUGGGGGGCCUGAGGAGUCCUUGGAGGGGAGAGUACAAAGAGCCAAGACGUCCGCUGCCACACCAAGUCCAGGCCCCGCCCAGCCAAGGCCACUGUCACCGGACCCUGCACGCCCAGCCGAGGGAGCUCUCACCUGAGGCUCCAGGGCCCCAGCCAACUGAGGACACUACGGGCGGGGCCCCUCAGCUCCAACCUCCGCUGCCCCCAGAGCCCCCAGAGCGGAACAAGUCUCCAAGCCUGACUUGGGGCAAGGAGGAGUCUGAGACCUGGGAGCCGUUGCCUCUGUCCUCCCUGGACCCGACCCCUGCCAAAAACCCCAGCUCAGCUGAGCGGAAGGCGACACUCCCUGAGCAGGAACUGCAGCAGCUGGAAAUAGAAUUAUUUCUGAACAGCCUGUCCCAGCCAUUUUCACUGGAGGAGCAGGAGCAAAUUCUCUCGUGCCUCAGCAUCGACAGCCUGUCUCUAUCAGACGACAGCGAGAAGAACCCGUCGAAGGCCUCUCAGAGCUCACGGGACACCCUGAGUUCCGGCGUGCACUCGUGGAGCAGCCAGGCAGAGGCUCGCAGCUCCAGCUGGGACAUGGUGCUGGCCCGGGGGCGGCCCACUGACACUCCGAGCUAUUUCAAUGGUGUGAAAAUCCAGAUACAGUCUCUCAAUGGCGAACACCUGCACAUCCGAGAGUUUCACCGGGUCAAGGUGGGGGACAUCGCGACUGGCAUCAGCAGCCAGAUCCCAGCCGCAGCCUUCAGCUUGGUGACCAAGGAUGGGCAGCCCGUGCGGUAUGACAUGGAGGUGCCAGACUCGGGCAUCGACCUGCAGUGCACCCUGGCCCCUGAUGGCAGCUUUGCCUGGAGCUGGAGGGUCAAGCAUGGCCAGCUGGAGAAUAGGCCCUAACCCAGCCUUCCACCACUGGCUCCGCUCUUCUAGAAGCAGCCUGCCUUCUCGGUGCUCAGUGCUGACCCUGACACACAGGCUCAGCCCGCUCCUGGGGAUCUGCCAACCCUGGCUCAGCGGUGGGCCUAGGGACAAGCAGAAUGCCUCCCAGGAUCUCCUGUGACCUGCCAGACCCUGCCAGGAGAACACCUCGUGCCCACAUGAGGAGGAGGAGGGAGGCAGGAGGCCUCCUCCCGUGGGGAACAAAGAUGGUCUUCUCUGCCCCGGUCUAGACAACAAGCUGACCUGACGUGUUUGGAUCAGUGACCACUUGCUGGCCGUCAGGGUAGAGUAGCUUCCGGCCUAGGUCAAGAAGGGGUGAGCAAGUCCCUUGGCUUCAGAGCAGGUGGGAGAGUGUCAAGUGCCUGAGGAUGCAUACUCAGGUCCAGUACAGGAGUGAGGCAGCAAGCGUACCCACCCUUGGGCUAAAGGGGAGCCCUCUGACCCCCCCUCUUGUGGCCAUCGAAGCCUCUUUUUAGAUCUAGAAACUCUUCUGACAGAGUCAGGGAAGGAGCCAUGCCUGAUGCUGGGAAGUCUCCCUGGGAGACGACAAUGGCACACCGUCAGGGUGUAGCAACACGGGUCCAGAGCCGAACUCAGCUUCCGCCCAGGACCACAGAUGUCUAAGUGAAAUGGUUCUCAGUCCCCAAGCACAUGUCCCUUUGCUGCUGGCCACCAGUCUUUCCCAGGGCAGCAGGCCUCGAGCCCCGGCUGCAGACCCAGCGCUGCACAUCACUCACUGGCACUCAGCCACCUCAUCUGUAGAAGUGAAGGGUGGUAGGUGCCCUGGCCGACGGGAGCAGUCUGAGGAUGGGGUGUGAUCUCAUCCAUGUGGAAGAAAGUAGCAGGUGUGAGCGCUACUCUUCCCUCCGGCCACGGCUUUAGACAUCGUGCACACCAGCUUCCUGAGACACAGCCCAGGCCUUACACUCACACUGGCCCUGCCCUUCCCCUCUCUCAGGGGCAAUGCCAACUGCACUUUGCACUCUGAUGACCUCAAAGCACUUUCAUGGCUGCCCUCAAAGAGGGCAGGUCAGUGGUUCUGCAUGCGCAAAAGCAGGCCAGGAGAUGGGGUGAAGGGAUUUGAGUCUUGACCUGUCUCCAUGCGCAUGACCCCUCAAACCUCUGGAUUUCUUUAAGAUGAGCCCCCCCACCACCAUCACCACCUACCCCAUUUCCCCAACCCAGUCUCUUCUUCAGUGGGCAGGGGGGGGCUGAUCAGGACUCAUGUAGCAUUAAUCAACUGUGAAUCCUUGUGUGAGGGCCUGCUAGCCUCCACUCCUGGAGGUAAGGGGUGUCCCCUGGGAGUCCUUGGGAAGAGCUCAUCCCCGUGUCUUGCCAAGGUGGCCUCUGUCCAGCUAUCCACAUCGAGCCAUUCUGCUCCCCAGGGAGAGACCCCGGCCCCCAGCACAUAAAGAGCUGCAGCCUUGGUACUGCAGAGUUCGGGUGGUACUCUUUGUAAGCAAUAAAGUUUGGGGUGAUGACAAA